UCAGUUCAGUUCUCCGCAGCUCACUUUAAUUUCGUAGUACUCCCGGUGGAGUGAUCAUAAUUAAUUGAUUCGUUUUAUUACUACAACUGUAUUGUUAACCAAACAAACUUCCAGAAUGAUCCUAAAACUAAAUAAAGCCGUCGCUCAUGGAAUUCGCCGGUAUUCGACUAAACGAAAUGAUGUGGUGAUAGUGGCUGCCACUAGAACUCCUAUUGGCAGUUUCCAGAGUGCACUGUCAUCGUUGUCCGCCACCCAGUUGGGAGCAGUCGCUGUUCAGGGAGUUGUGAAACAGGCUGGAAUUGCUGGAGAAGACGUUCAGGAAGUUUACUUUGGCAAUGUGAACGCUGCCGGACUAGGGCAGGCUCCCGCCAGACAAGCAGUUAUUUUUGCUGGUCUUCCGAAAAAAACCAUCUGUACUACGGUUAACAAGGUGUGUUCAUCCGGAAUGAAGAGUGUGAUGCUGGGUGCGCAAACAUUGAUGCUCGGCCAACAAGAAGUGGUGUUAGCCGGUGGAAUGGAAUCAAUGUCCAAUGUGCCAUUCUAUUUGAAACGAGGUUCCACACCCUAUGGUGGAAUUCAGUUGCAGGACGGAAUUGUUUUUGAUGGAUUAACUGAUGUUUACAACAAGUUUCAUAUGGGAAAUUGUGCUGAGAAUACAGCUAAGAAAAUGGGUAUCAGUCGCCAGGAUCAGGAUGAGUUUGCUUUGAACAGUUACAAACGCAGUGCAGCUGCGUGGGCGUCGAACGUGUUUGAUGCAGAGAUUACACCGGUCACAAUUCCUGGAAAACGCGGAAAACCAGACAUCGUUGUCAAGGAGGAUGAAGAAUACAAGCGUGUGAAUUUCGAUAAGUUCGGUCAAUUGGCAACGGUAUUUCAACGGGAAAAUGGAACUGUAACUGCCGGAAAUGCGUCUACUUUAAAUGACGGUGCAUCUGCUGUAGUUUUAAUGACCACCGAGGCAGCUGAAAAGUUCAAGUGCAAACCACUGGCUCGCGUGGUAGGUUUUGCAGAUGCAGAAACCGACCCGAUCGAUUUUCCGAUUGCUCCGGCAUUAGCUAUUCCGAAAUUACUUCAGCAAACGGGAGUACGCAAGGAGGAUGUUGCUAUGUGGGAAAUCAACGAAGCUUUCUCUGUCGUGGUUGUGGCCAAUCAACGUAAGCUGGAUAUCGAUCCGGCCAAAAUAAACGUACAUGGAGGAGCCGUUUCGCUAGGCCAUCCGAUUGGUAUGUCCGGUGCUCGCUUGGUUACUCAUUUAACUCACGCACUGAAGACUGGCGAGGUUGGUUGUGCUUCGAUUUGCAAUGGAGGUGGAGGUGCAUCGUCGAUCCUGAUAGAGAAACUAUCGAAUCCUUCUCCCAUUGAUCCCGCGACUGGUCUUUGUAAACCUGUUCUAACGCUGUACACCCAUAAUCACUGCUCAUUGUGUGACGACUUAGUAGCAGAAUUGGAAUACAAAUUCACUGAACGAUACCAAUUGGAAAAGGUUGACAUUACUCAAAAGGACAACAUCAAAUACCUCAGGUUAUUUCGCAACGAUAUUCCCGUGCUGUUUCUUAAUGGUCAGUUUCUAUGCAUGCACCAUUUGAAUUGUGAAUUGCUAGAGCGGAAAUUGUCGGAAUUGGAAUUCAAAUAAAUAUCUACUAAAAUA